CCCGUUUUGUCACUGAGAAAAUAGCCUUAUUCGAUAGAUACGUUUUACCAGUGGUAUAAAUCGAAGCAUAUUAAUUCGUUUGUUUCUCAGUAAACAUUUUAAGGAAACUUUUCAGCGUUAGACAGGUUACGAUUCAUUUUAAUAAGUGCAGCGUCUCGUUGCUGACAUUUCUUACGUUAGACACGCGACGGCAAGGUAUGGCGUUUUUGAGAACGGUGCCGCGUUGUAGUGCCGGUAAAAAGCUAAGGAAGUGUGUGCCACUUCCCGUCGGGUUUCUCGAGAACGUAACGAAGCCAUCGGUGCAGUUGGUGCAGGUGCACGAACGUGAAUACACCGGCGCUACUGCUAACGUGAAGCCGGUUCCACGACAGAUCGACCCCUUGGAUUUGAAGUUUAACAAUCCCGUAGCAGCUUUCAAAAGCAAAACCACGAAAGAGCUUCUUCGUGCUUACGUCGUUUAUCAACUAUGUUCGAUCGGGUAUAUCGCAGAGAACAAUAUGACGCUGAUGAAAAUCGCCAAGCAGGUGUUUGGCGAGAGGCUUUUCACGAAGCUUAUGAAGGCUACAUUUUACGGUCACUUUGUCGCCGGAGAAGACGAGGUGCAGAUCACUCCUGUCCUGGAUAGGUUACGACAGUUUGGUGUAAAACCAAUCCUAGAUUACUCCGUCGAAGAGGAUAUUUCGCAGGAGGAAGCGGAACGUCGUGAAAUACAAGCUUCCGUGUCAGAAGCAGGGGACGAGAAGAGGGAAGGUCCGCUGAAAAAGUACCAUGUCGCGAAACCGUUCGCCGAUCGUCGAUACAAAGUGUCCUCGGCGAGGACGUAUUUUUACCUGAACGAGGCUUCCUGCGAGCGUAACAUGGACAUAUUUAUCAGAUGCCUGGAAUCCGUCGCGGGUGACCUUCUUUAUUGUCCCGCAGGUGCCUCGAUGGGUGUUGGUUUCACUGCCAUUAAAUUAACAGCACUUGGUCGACCACAGCUUUUGCUACAAUUAUCAGAAGUAAUUAUGCGAGCACGACAGUACAUGUCUGAUGUUGUUGGCGGUGAGGGGGCCGUCUUGACUCAUCACGCAAAACCAGACGAUUUUAUGAAGAAAUUCGAAGAAGCACACAUUAAAGACGCAGCGCCAGUACAAAAGUUCCUUCAAAAAAUCCAAUCGGAUAAAGAGGGUGUUAUUCACUUGUUCCCAUGGAGUGGUAUUCUGGACGAAAAUUAUGAACUCAGCGAAACGUUCCAAGUACCAGAUAUUAAAACGGGAAAGAUGGUGAGGUUGAUGUCACAGCUCACAUCAAAGGAGGAAGAAAUGUUCAGGAACAUGAUAAGACGUCUGAAUAAUAUAGUCGCGGUGGCCGAUAAAUUAAAUGUGCGUAUAAUGAUAGACGCAGAGCAAACGUAUUUCCAACCAGCGAUUUCACGAUUAACGUUGGAAAUGAUGCGCAAGUACAAUACAGAUAAGGCCGUGGUCUUUAAUACCUACCAGACGUACUUGCAAGAAGCAUAUAACGAGGUGAAAACGGAUCUCGAACAAGCUCAACGUCAGAACUUCUACUUCGGAGCUAAGCUUGUUCGCGGCGCUUACAUCGAGCAGGAGCGAGCAAGAGCGGCAGCUAUGGGCUAUCCCGAUCCGACGAAUCCUUCGUACGACGCUACAACCGAGUCCUAUCAUAAGACGCUCAUGGAGUGCUUGAGGCGGAUGAAACAGUACAAAGAUAAAGGCGAGGAUCCUAAAAAAAUUGGAAUUAUGGUCGCAUCCCAUAACGAGGAUACAGUACGCUUUGCGAUUGAAAAAAUGAAGGAAAUAGGAAUCUCACCUGAAGAUAAAGUAAUCUGCUUCGGUCAAUUACUGGGAAUGUGCGAUUACAUAACGUUCCCAUUAGGUCAAUCCGGAUAUUCGGCGUAUAAAUAUAUUCCCUACGGUCCAGUCAAAGAAGUAUUACCGUACCUUUCACGGCGCGCGCAAGAGAACCGAGGCAUACUUAAGAAAAUCAAGAAAGAGAAACGCCUUCUGUUAUCCGAGAUCGUAAGACGCAUCGUGCGUGGUGAGAUAUUUUACAAACCGAAAGGAAACUACACUCCUGUCUGAGCGGCUGAUUAAUCACGUUGCACAGACAGAUUCGAAGUAUCAAACUUAAGUAGUGAUUGUAAAUUAUUAGACUCUUGUGGUACGCAGAGCAACGCGCGCGCGUGUGUGAAUGGAAGUAUAUGCAGUGUUAUUCAUUACACAAAGUUGCCUCAGUGUGACGUUAUCAAGUGCAAACUGCUCAAUAUCGCACCAUGUGGUAGAACUAUGUUCAUUGCUCUUUAUGUCCGUUAUAAAAAAGAAAAACAAAAAAACCGUCGAUUGGUAAUCGUUUACGACUUUUAAAAACACGCUUUGUUAAAAAAAAGAAAGAAAAAAAAAACAAUAUGUCGUGUUCGAUAUUACGAUCGCAUAAAAUAUCGAACACGCACAUUUUUAUCGAUCAAAAAUUUGCAUACGGAUCCAGAAAGUAUAUCGAAAUUAUCGUAAUCUCAUUCGCGACGACGACGACGACCCUUUCACGUUAUUUUUCUUCCCGAGAUUUUUUUACAAAGGAUAACAUCGAAUUCGAUCGAUAAAAAUUUCUACCCGAAAUGGAACAAAUAUAGCCUUGCCUGAAACGUACUAGGUUUGUUAUUAAUAUUUUAUUUAAGAAUCUCGUUGUGCGCACGCGCACGAUUUAUUUAUAGUGGACAUAUUUAAAUAUUUUUUGACAUACGUUCUUUAGUAUUUUGUUGAAUGAUAUAAUUCCCCGUAUGAAAAUAGGCAAUUAUAUAAAGUUAUGUCCAUAGCGAGCUGCAUUUAAUUAAGUGAAAUACUCGUGUGUGGAAUUAACAUUCAGCCCACUUCCAUGCUUUAUGCGUAGUUACCAAGAACGGAUUUAACCAAAGUGAUAGUAUUGGCAAAUACUAGAGAAUGCAAGUCAUAAUACCUAGGGUCUAUUUGGUCCGAGUGGAAGUGUUUUUUGCACAUUAUCAAGGAAAAUGGCUCUUAUAAAUUUUUAGCAAACGAAUGAUAUGGUCUUUAAAAGAUUGGAAAUGUUUCGUUAAAUUUUCUGACGCGACGAUUAUUACACGUGUAUAAGAGUCAUUUUUUUCUGCGUGCACAAUUACUACGCGUGUUGAAACAAACGUUAAGUAAUCUUGGGCUGAAACAGUGAUAAGCUGCGAAUUAGGAAUUGAAAGAGUCCAUAAUUAUGACACGUUGUAUAAGUUUUUAAUUCACGUUGCUUCAGCCUAAAGUUGCUUUCUCUUAUCGAAUAAUAAUAAUCAUAAAUAUACAAUGCUGUUUAAAAAACGAUGCGCCCCCCAUGAAAUAAUAUGGCUCAUACACAGUUCUGUGUUAAUUUUUCUUUCUAAGAAUUAAAAUUAAUUUUAAGAAAAAUUAAUCAUCAAAGAAGUUUUAUAAUUUAUAAAUAAUAAAUUGUUCUCAAGUUUUACGUAAUGGUUUUUACGUAUCGAAUGACGAAUCCUGUACUUUUGAUUAGCCGGUAUUAUUCGUAUUGUUUCGAUCGUCUUUUUUUUUUGUAAAGGAAACGAUGAAUAAUAUUUGCACUGAAUUAUUUUUUUUCUUUUGUUUACAAUAUUUCAGUUUCAAUUCGUUUAUCGAAAUAUUAUUUGAUGCGCUUAAGGAUGCUGUUUGUAUUGCUAGCAAUGAAAAUAAUUCGACCUUUGGUGGAUAAUUUCCAUGCAGUUGGAUAACACUUCGAUAUUUUCUCGUCAGUAUUUAAAAAGAAAAAAAAAAUAUCAAACUGUAACAUCUUCGUUUGACAGGAUUCCCUUUUCUUUUCUUUUUUUUCUUUUUUUUUUUUAUUAAUCAACGGUUAAAAUUACAAAGAUACAAUUUACAAUUGUUGUAAACGUCUCUCGUCUUGUUUUAUAUAAUAUACAAACGUACAAUUUUAUAUGAUCUCCUGUGUUAUAUUACUAUGUAAUCGCAUUCAGAAUUUGUAUGUAGUUUGCAUUUGCAACUGUCAAAAGAAAUAUGUAUUUUGUUCUAUAGAACAGACGUUUUGUAGAUUUAUGAUUUUAUCGAGAUUAAGUUAAUCUCCGAAAUAUCAUGUUAUACUUGCAACCUAAGAAGAAAUUUAAUCGAUGAAUAAAGGGGCAUUGUUGAAGUUAUACAGGCUAUAGCUAAAUGUUUUUAUGUGGCUAAUGGUAUGUUGAAUGUGAGUGAUUUAGAUAUAAUUCUACUUGUUAUAUAUUUAGUGUUCGGCUGUUACGUCGAUACAUUAAUUAACUUCUACACGUCUCGUGAUGAUGACAAUAAUUUAGGUAGAUAAUGUUAUAAAAAACUUAUACGCUGUAAGUAUAAAAACUACAUGCCAUGAUGGAUUGCAUUUGUCAUCACCUAUGAAGUUAAAUUUAUAAAAAGAUAAUUUUUUUUAAACGACACGAGAUUAGUAAAUGAAAAGGAUCUAGUAGAAAGUGAAUAAAUAAUGACUAUCUUCGUACAAAAUUAUACGAAUCAAUAUACAAUUAUAUACACAAAGAAACGUUCCAUUACUGCGAACGUGUAUUUUGC